UAAGAAAGUUCAGUCUAUAACGCGUUCAAACGUAUCAUCCACUGUUUUUCAGUUUAUAAAUUAUUAUUCCAUCGUUUUCACAUAUUAUAUUACACAACAUAAACGCCAUUUACAAGAGUACUAGUAUCUCGAUUAUUCGUAAUGGCAACAAAUCCGUGUGUUAUAAGUUUAACGGUCAAGUUGGUUAUCUCUUUGACGACUGUGACGUCAAGUCCAUUAACCGACAAGCUUGUACUUAGACCUAUCGACGACCAAGUAAGAAAUGCAGUAGACGAGUUGGAUCUUCGCGACAAAACAAAGGUUGCGUUAUUGGAACAAUACAUCAAUGUCGGAAAUUAUUCAAACGAUUUCAUUGAACUGCUGAACACUUACAACACGUUCAAGGACCUUCCUAUCCGUUUUAAUGAUGACGAAAUACGAUUAUUGACUACCAGUAACACAGAAGAUUCAAUAAACGAUAAAAUACUCGCUCAACUGAAUUACUAUCGCAAGAUUCAAGAAAUUCAGUGCGCCGACUAUUUGAUAUUGCAGUACAUGCUGUAUGGUACUGAACGGAAUACAGAAGAAAUUGCUAAGCAUGUAUACAUUAUGAUAGCGAUGGCAUACAAAGGGAAAUCCGUUGUAUUUAAGUGGCUUUGGGAAUUACAUAUCACCAUUUGGUCACCGACCGAGGACGACGCGGUACAACCGUUGAAUAUGAUCGUGCAAAAUUUAGAAAACUUUCGAAAACCUUUAGCCGAUUUGAUAGAAAUGUGUGUCGGACAUACAUAUAUAACAGUCAUAGAUAAUGAUCAACAAAACCCUGAUCGUACAGUAAGUAGGCCACGUUUGUUAAGGAAUUUUGUGAAAUGGUUUAAUUUGAAAUAUAAACACAAUAAACCUGCGUUGGAGGAAUCGAGUAAUAGGCCAAAGUUGGUCGUUAAUAUCGAGGAAUUUUAUAAGUCGAACCACGAAAAAUAUGAACUAUAUAACAAAAAUACACCUGCAUUGCCCCUUAGUGUCAAUCAUUUAUCUUUGAGAUAUGUAUGGCAUCAAACAUCGUUUUUGAUUAAACCAAUACCGCGCGUUACUAUUGACUGGGAUUCUAUAGAGCAUUUAUACAUAUUUGAUCGUCAAAAGGCCUAUGAUCAGUUUGAAGUUACCCAUGACUGGAGAAAAGAACCGUUUAAAUAUAUUCAAUUUCAGCAAUCGUUUAUAGAUAUCAUCAGGGUAAAACUAUAUUGUUAUAUUUGGGUGAAAUUAUCUAUGUAUAAACCGACUGGUUAUUAUUUUAAAUCCCUGAUUUUCGACGUGCUUAAGUUCAGUUACAUUGAAGACAAAACCUUAAACAAAGUAAUAAUCAUGUAUGACGAUAAACCUAAUCAAGAGCAGAUUGAAGAAGUUAUGAAAAUAAUAUUACAUGAAGUGAAUACAAUUUUGACAAAUUUAAUUAGGAGUACUAAUCAAACUGAAUUGGCCGACAUUUCAGACAUGGACAAACCGUCAUUAAUUCAUUUUGAAGUCGAACUUAAUAAACAAUUUGAAGCAUUCGGACGACAGUUUAAUGGAAGAUUGAACGGAUUAACAUUGGAUCUUCUAUCGUUCUUUAUCGACGGAAGUAAAAAUACACAUCUUGCGGUUUUCCCUGAAAAUUGAUUUAUAUACAUC